AGAGACAAGAGCAACGACCGCAAAGUGACCCUGAAGGAAGUGUCCCUCAAGACAUCCGGCAAAUACAAGUGUGAGGUGUCGGCUGAAGCUCCUUCAUUCCACACGGAUUCUGGCGCCGGGGAACUGCUCGUCGUCCACAUGCCCGAGCACGACCCACACAUCUCGGGCAUGCGCACAAAAUACCACGUGGGUGACCUCGUUCAGGUGAACUGCACAUCCUCUCCGUCAAAGCCAGCGGCCGCCCUGAUGUGGUACAUCAACGACAAGCAGGCGGACAGCGGGUUCCUGGUGGACUACGCGCCGGUGUCCAACGGCGGCGGGCUGGAGACCUCGAUCCUGGGCCUGCACUUCCGGGCGCGCAUGAGCCACCUGCGCCACGGCCACCUCAAGCUCCGCUGCUCCGCCACCAUCGCCGCCGUCUACUACCGCGAGAAAACCAUCUUCGCUCGCGGCUUCCUCACGCAGGAGCGACGGGCGCGGCCUGACAGGGCUGUGGGUGCUGGCCCCUCUCGUGGGCGUGCUGCUCCUGAGGUAACACCGCCCGCCCUCAGCCCAUGGCGAUGCAGCAGCAGCCGCAGGACCUUCUCGCCCGCCGCGCAAGCUGGCGUGAUGGACGAGGAAGCGCCGUUUGCUGCUGCUGCUCCUGCACUUCCCAGCUGCCCCUGCGAGCAACUGAACCGAACUCCAGUGCCAAAGUUUUAGCUCUCUCUGCCGCAGGAAGUGCCAAGGGCGGAGGCUGACGCUUGCCUCUCUUCCCGGGACUUGUUGCGCCGCGGAAGA